CUACGCCCAGGGGAACCGGCGACGGCGAGAUUGUCGAUUGUUCUUCAGUCCGCUUUAAGUCGUAGAUUAUCGAUUUUAGCAGCUUGAAGUCGUUGCUUCACUCAGAAAUUGCAAUUUCUAGUGAAAAUCUUCAAUUGCCAAUCCUUGUAGCCAUAGAAGUUGACAACUUCGCAACCUAAUCUGAAGAAAACGGUCCAGAAACACCUAAUAAAAUAUUCUAAUGGUAAGCGGCGGCGGAAUUGAGCCAGGCGUCAGAGCGUGGACGGCGGAGGAAGCCGUUGCUGGGAAUGCAGAGGCCAUCCGUACCCUGAGGGAACUCAUCAUGUAUCCGCUCCUCUAUUCUCAAGAGUCUAAAAAACUUGGACUCAAAUGGCCUCGUGGUUUGUUGCUAUAUGGUCCACCGGGUACUGGUAAGACAAGUUUGGUUCGAGCUGUUGUUCAAGAAUGCGGAGCGCAUUUGACUGUUAUUAGCCCACACAGUGUUCACAGUGCAUAUGCUGGAGAAAGCGAGAAAGUUUUGCGGGAAACAUUUGCAAAAGCAUCAUCUCAAGCAAAGCUUGGGAAACCAUCAGUUAUCUUCAUAGAUGAAAUUGAUGUGCUUUGCCCUCGUCGUGAUUCUAGAAGGGAACAAGAUGUUCGUAUAGCUUCUCAACUAUUUAUGUUGAUGGACUCCAAUAAGUCGUUUUCAGCAUCUGGAGUACAUGUAGUAGUUGUAGCAGCAACUAAUAGAGUGGAUUCAAUCGAUCCGGCUCUAAGAAGGUCUGGGCGUUUUGAUGCUGAGAUUGAAGUCACAACCCCUAAUGAAGAUGAACGCUUUCAUAUCCUCAAUAAAAAGCUCCAACAAGCUGUUGAGUGGCCAUUAAGGCAUUCCGAAGCAUUUGCUCGCUUGGGAGUAUCACCUCUUUGUGGGAUCCUUCUUCAUGGACCUCCGGGGUGCUCUAAAACAACACUUGUAAAAGCUGCUGCUCAUGCUGCACAGGCUUCCUUUUUUUCCUUGAGUGGGGCAGAGUUGUAUUCGAUGUAUGUCGGUGAAGGCGAGGCUUUGUUACGCAAUACAUUUCGAAGAGCUCGACUUGCGGCACCAAGCAUAAUUUUCUUUGAUGAAGCAGAUGUUGUCGCUGCCAAACGUGGGGGAAGUUCUAGUAGAAGUAGUGUUGUUGGGGAGAGACUUCUGUCUACUCUUCUGACUGAGAUGGAUGGCCUGGAGCAAAUUAAGGGGAUUCUUGUUUUGGCUGCAACAAAUCGCCCUGAGGCAAUUGAUGCUGCACUUAUGCGACCUGGACGUUUUGAUCUGGUUCUUUAUGUGCCACCGCCAGAUUUGGAAGCUCGGUAUGAGAUCCUCCGUGUGCACACACGGGGCAUGAAACUAGAUGCCGACGUUGAUCUCAGGCGAGUAGCUGAAAGCACGGAACUCUUCACAGGGGCAGAAUUGGAAGGAUUGUGCAGAGAAGCCGGAAUCGUGGCUUUAAGAGAAGACAUUUCAGCGAGAGUUGUGUGCGAUCGACACUUCCAAACGGUCCUGCAGUCCCUAACGCCGGCACUCACUUGGGAAGUCAUUCAAUGGUAUUCCUCAUUUACGAAGAAGAAGUGAAGAAGAACCCCUUCUGCUGCUGCUGCUGCUUCACUUCAACUUUGACCAUUUUAAACAGUGCAGCGAAGGCCGUGUUUGGAGUAUGAACUUGAGAGUAAGCUCUUCUGAAAAGCUUUUAGCAAGUUAUUUUAUCGUGCUUGGAGCUUAAAAAAGGCUCUUAGAUCAUUGUUGUUUGUAAUGUUUAGAAAAUUAGAUGGUCAUUAAAGGUCAAUAUACUAUCCGGAAAAUAGUUGUCUUGAUCAAUGGGAGGAGAAACUGUUUUUUAUAGACCAAAGGGACCGAAAAGGAAACAAAAGAGUAAAUUCCAUAAAAGGUUCUCAGUUAU